GCAAUCCAACAUGGAGUAGAGGAGAGAUGGGGCUCUAGCGGGGCCACCCCUCGGUAACAACAGCGACGACGCGCUUGGUUUUUACGCACAGCUGGGACCGGAGUCGUCGGUGAAAACAUGCGCCUUAGGACUUAAAAAAGCAACGGAGGAGCGUGUGCCUUUUGUGUGUCCGUGUGUUGUGUGCGUGAGUGUGUGUGUUUGGGGAGGCGGUGGUGGUGGUGGUGGUGGUGGAGAGGGGAGAGAGACAGAAGAGAGAAGACAAGAGCUGGAUUCGGCUACUAAACUGUCCGCUGCCUUAUCUGCUGAAGGUGAUGCGGGGAUUAAAGUUGUAGAGGAGAAGAGAAAAAAAAAUAAAAGAGGGAGGCAUUCGCGAUCCACGAGAAACAGGGGAGGCUCCAGAUAAAUUUUUUUAAAAAAGAAAAAAAAAACAUAAGGGGGAGAAUUGAGGAAAAAGAAGACGGAGGCGCAGCCAGUCGAAGGCAAAGCCAAAGAGCCGACACUCGCACAAAGGCGCAGGGGGGAUUUAUGCGGAAUUGGAGACAGAAUCGGAGGAGCCACGGCGAAAGAAUGACGAGCGAAAAGUAUGCAACCGCCGUGGUCCAUUACCUGAGGUGAAACGAGAAAAUGAUAGAAGAAACACACCCAAACGAUGACAGCUACAUCGUGCGUGUGAAAGCGGUGGUGAUGACGCGGGACGACUCGAGCGGCGGCUGGCUGGCUCAGGACGGCGGCGCUCUGAGCCGGGUGGGGGUGUGCCGCCUCCUGCCCACGGAGCUGGCGCCGCUGUCGGGCUCCGGCAGCUCCCAGUUCCUCAUCCGUGGCGAGCGGCUGCGGGACAAACAGGUGAUCCUGGACUGUCCGCUGAGGAAGGAUCUGGUUUACACCAUAGCAACACCCACGUUUCACCACUGGAAGGUGGAGGACAGGAGGUGUGGCCUGUCCUUCCAGAGUCCAGCUGAUGCCAGAGCUUUCGACAGGGGGGUUCGGAAAGCCAUCGAGGACCUCGCUGAAGGCUCCACGACCUCCUCCACUGCACUCCAGAAUGAAGGCGAGCUGGGAGACGAUGACGUCUUCACUAACACCACAGACAGCUCAUCCAACUCCUCCCAGAAGCUGGAGAGCUCUCUGCAGCCGCUCGAGUCCUCGCCCCUUCCGCAGAGACACAAGUGCAUGCUGGGACAUCGCCACGACCUCCACGACCCCUACCGGUUCUCAGACCACUACUACUUAGACCAGCCGUUGUCUCGGAUUCCCCGCCACGUCACCUUCGAGGACGAGGAAAUCGUCCGCAUCAACCCUCGGGAGCGCAGCUGGGAGCGAGCCACCGAGCGGCUCCACGGACGCCCGUCGGACCGCUCCUGGCUCACCGGCUACGAGGACUACCGCCACGCCACCGUGCGGGACAAAUUCAUCGAAAAUGAGCCCUACGUCCACUUCGCCAAGACAGAGGCGCAGAAGCACGACUACACCUACCCGCUGGCACCGGCCCUGUCGCCCUCAGACUCUGACCCCGCCCUCGGACCCUUGACCAAUAAGGGCCACGGCGGCUCGUACCGCCACGGCUUCUCCUCGGUGGUCACCACACAGCCUCGCUCCUUUCUCCCGAGCUCCUCGCCAUCGACCAAUGGCGGGAAGGAGCGGAAGGACGACGGGAUGGAGCGCGCUCAGUGCGAGCACUGCGGCGAGGCCUUUUACAUCUCUGACAACCGGAGAGGCCGGUGCCAGGAUGCUCCAGACCCGGUGCGGGCGUGCAUCCGACGGGUCAGCUGCAUGUGGCUGGCAGACACCAUGCUGUACCACUGCAUGUCCGACCCGGAGGGGGACUACUCGGACCCCUGCUCCUGUGACGGGGCCGAGGGGGGAGGCCGCCUCGGCACUCGCUGGUUAGCGCUGCUGGGCCUGUCCCUGGUGGCGCCCUGCCUCUGCCUCUACCCGCCCCUCCACGCCUGCCACCGGGCGGGGCUCGCCUGCGGCUGCUGCGGAGGCCGACACAAGGCCCUGAGCUGAGCGGUCGUGUUUGGAAAACCUCACCGAGGGGGGAAGAAAUAAAAAAAACCCGACAAAAACCCAAACCCAACGCAAGCACAGGGAAAGGGAAGGAUGGGGAAACACACAGAAGGGACAAGUGGUCGUGGCUGCUCACUCUCUUGCCUUUGGUUUCUCUGGGUUUCUCUACAAAUUCCAGACACUGAAAUAAGCCAAAAAAAAAAAAAAAACAGUUGGUGCAUUUUUUUUUUUUUUGUUGAACGGCCUGGGAAGAUAAGCUCCCCCUUACGGCAGACAGUUCUCUCAGCUCUCCACGUGGCCAUUUCAUGCUCUGUUUCUAGUGAGAGAGCACUCUUUUUCAGGGGGCCUUUUUUUAUAGCUGACCUAUAUGUCAUGUAUCACAUAUGCAGGUACUUUAUAUUGUUAUAUUUGUACACUGACUCGGCGUCAAAGAACUUGAAUUGUUUCUUUGUUCUAUUUUUCUCUCUCUCUCUCUCCUUCGAUGUACGCGUGGCCAUUUUGUUUAUAUUCCAAUAUCAGGCCCGCCCAGCUCGACUCCAGCUACCAGAGAAGUCCGACACUACACCUCUGUGCGCGUGUGUGCGAGUGUGUGCGUGUGGAUGGUAUAUGUGCAUGCUAACGAUGUGCGCCGAGGCCUUCUGUUGUCUGUACUGCAGCUUACGGUGAAGCUCAUGUAUAUAGUCCACACAGCUCUCCGACGCCGGCAUCUUCUUUGUUCACCGAGACAAACGUGGUACUCAUCUUAAUCUUCUUCUAAUAUCCCAAAGAUUCAUGUUUCUAUCCUAUUUAUUUUCUCACCGAAUUGAUCUACCAGCAAAAAAAAAAAAAAAAGAAGAAGGAGGUGCUGGGUUUGUGAUUCGCUGAAGGAGACGGCGCCUCGAUGCGUCCGUCUCUCUGCUCCUCUCACGUUAUUUCAAACAGUGCCUCAAAAAAACAACUUUUUAAAAAAACCACCUAAACCAGGAGAACCCGUCGAGUCUUACGAUUCCAGUCAGAUUUUUUUGGCUCAUUUUAACAUUGAACACUUGAAGCGGUGUGAGAUUUUAAGGCUCUGAUUUCCUUCGCAGAACCUCAGCCAGCCGUCUGGAGGACUGACGAGAAACAAGUCAAUCAGAUAGCGGUGAUAAAUUGGUGCCCGUAUGCCUUAAAACGUGGAGCGUCGCUCCGGACUUCGCCCGUCUCUCUGAAGAUGUCUAUGAUGAAAAAAAAAAAAAGCGUGAGCACGGUUACGGCUCCAAGCAAUCGGCCUCGCCGCGUUUUGUUUUGAACUUGGUUUUAACUUUUUUUUUAUUUUUUUAAUAAAGAGGAACUCUUUAAAAGGUUCUCACUGAGUGUGCAAACUAUGGACUGUAGUUUGCCUGCGACGUACAAUCACCUCCCCUCUUUAAAAGCGUCCAUCUGUCGUCGAGCCCGCCGGUCACAUGUGGAGCAGCAGAAGAGCUGAAUAUUUUAAUCUAUCAUCCUAAAACAAAUUUAAAAACAAGCUUGUGUGUGAAAACCAGACCUACAAACCAUUUGAUUUUAGUUUAUAACACAUGAUUGUAACUGACUUUUUGACGUAUUAUGUCUGUUCAACAAUGCAGGGAGUCGCAUUUUAAUCUUAUUUAUGUGAGAAAAUCAUCCAGUUGGUAAAAGGAAAGUUUGACAUUUUAGGAAAUAGCUUAUAUAAGAAUAGAAAUGUGUGAUUUACAGUAGAAAAGAUCUUUACUAUGUCAUCUAAUGUCAGAGCCUGGCUGGCCUCCUCCCUGUUUCCACUCCUUCUGCAGAGCUAAUCCAACUAAAAGUACCGUCCAGGAUGUCAACCUUCUCCUCUGAGGCCCCCAAAAUGUGAGAUGAACAUGAGAGACGAGCUGCUGAAGCCACAUGUGACCGGCGUGUGCGUUUCUUCUCCGUCCUACAGCAGGUUUUUUUUUCCCUCCUUCAUGCCAGAUUUGGUACAUUAUAAGAGAAAAGGUUAAAAACAGCUCACUGGGUGUCAUGUUGGUGUACUAACUCAGGCCAUGGAGGAGGGAAAAUUAAAUACAACCCGCUGUCCUACCUGCCUCGCUGUUUGAGUGGCACCGCGGCCGACCAAUCACGCCCUCGCGCUGACAGCACAACACGAAACUGACAACCGCUCGGGUGCUUUCUGCUUUAAGCCCGGGUGACGGCGGCAGCGUCGGGGAUGUGACCGGGAACACAAUAAGCUUUUCUUUUUUUUUUAAAAUAGAGCAGGACGUCAGGAGGAUCCCAUUGGAAAAAUCAGCCGAAAUCCUGGAGACAAACAUCCAUCCCUGAUUGUUUUGCCAAGGAAAUGUCACUUACUAUAGUUGAAAUACAGAAUGCCUGAGGAUGUCCUUUUUCCUUCCCUGGUUGUAUCUGUUUCAUACAUCCUGUCCUGUGUACCAGUUUGUACGUCCUUGGUUGUGUGUGUGAGUGUGUGUGUGUGUGUGUGUGUUCGUGCCACAUCCCUUCCCCCUUCUCCUGCUCCUUGAUCCAAAGCUACUGGGAUCAGCUGAAUAUGCUAUCACACACUGACACCUUUCGAGUUGAAUCGGAUCCUUUUGAUGAUGCGAUGAAUCAGGGACAGGGCCAAUCAGAUUGGAAAGCGAGUGUGUGUGUGUGUGUGAGUGUGUGUGUGAGUGCAUGUGGGUCAGCGUUUAAUCUUUUAUCUCCGUCUCGUCUGGUGUUUCGAGUGUGUUCUCACAUGUCAGAGCCAUUUACAAGUGCCUGAACGCAUCCUCUUUAUCUCCUUGUGUAUUUAAAAAUCGAAAAAAUUAAAGAAACGACUCCCUGUAUUGAAUUAGACCCAUUUUUUUACGCUUAGUAUUUUUACCUCUGUAAAAAAAAAAAAGAGCAAAAAUUAUAUUAUAUAUAUCAAGUGUAUGUUGUACAUUUUUAUUUCUAUUUUGUUUUUUAAAAUAACUGUUUCUAACAUGUACGAUGGAUGUAGCUCUUGCUUUCGAGAAGGAACAGGAAGUACUUUGUAGAUAAGUGAAGGGUGGCCAGGUCUGUGAGAAAAACUAAAGUGAAAUGUGUGUCUUACCUUCCGCCUCCAAUAAAACGAGAGAAAACAGUGAAACCA